GUAAGUACCUACAUACCUACAUACAACCCGCAAUGAUUGGUUUAGCUACCUGAUGAGCGCUGCUGGAUCCUAACGGAUCCACUUAACAAUAGAUUUUCUAUUGUGUCUGGUUUUCCUAGACAAAAUAAGUAGGAAUAGGAAUCUAUUUACCUAACCAACGAAUUCGUUACGUACCAAAUCUAACCCAUGUUUGUUUCAGAAAUCAUGUUAUAAUGCCGAUUACUCGUCUACUAUUGACUUUGAGAUAUUAUGCAACAGGAAGUUUUCUCACAGUAGUCAGUGAUUUCUCUGGUGUCAGCAAAGCUUCUGCCAGUCGCAUUGUCACCUUGAUUUCACAGGCUAUUGCACAGCCCCGUCCUGAGUUCAUCAUAUUUCCAACCGAUACUCAAGAAAUACAGCAAGAGUUUUACAACAUAGCUAAAUUUCCAAGACUCAUUGGCGCUAUUGAUUGUACCCAUGUUCCUAUAAAAUCUCCAGGUGGAGACAAUGCAGAAGAAUGGAAAGACAGAAAGUCACAGUUUUCUUUUAAUGUCACUGUAGUGAGUGCAAAGUUGAAAAUUUUAGACAUAGUGGCUAGAUGGCCAGGAGCAGCACAUGACCAAACAAUUUUCAACAAUACAUUCCUAUAACAAAGACUGAUAAAUGGAGAAUUUGGAAACCUUUUGAUUGUUGGUGAUAAAGGCUAUGAAAAUACUUCAUACCUACUAACUCCACUCCAAAACCCCACGACUCCAGCAGAACAUCUUUAUAACGAAUCUCAAAUUCGAAGCAGAAAUGUGGUGGAAAGGACAUAUGGUGUUUGGAAAAAUCGGUUCCCCAUUUUGUCAAAAAAGGUUUUGCUUCAUGUAUCUCGUGUACAAGCCGUGAUAGUGGCAUGUGCAGUGUUGCACAAUAUUGCUAUU